CUUCCCACGACGUUUCAUAUGGAGAAAACACACAACCUGUAAUUGUAUUGAAGCCACCACUGUACAUAACGUUGUACCUAGAUUACUGUCCCUGAGGAGCUGUGAGCUGGCCGAACGCAGUCUUAAGUCAAAGCAUACAUAUAUAUUAAGAUGUACAUAGAUACAGAAAUGACAGCAUUGUGUACAUAGCUCCGGGGUUGAUCAGCGAAGGCAAGCGAUGUCGCUUGGCUUACAACCAUGGACGCCGCGGGCCAAACAAAGUCCAUUCGCGUCGCGGUUCGUGUGAGGCCGCUUCUUGCGACUGAUGGAUCCAGCGGGACAUCCCUCCUGCAGCUGGACCCAGCCCGGCCCAACGAGGUGCUCCUCGCUAGCAACCAUGAGCGGCGCGCGGCACGGCGGUACACGUUUGACCACGUGUUUGGACCCGGCGUUUCCCAGGACGAGUUGUACGACAAGGUUGGGGUUUCGGAGCUGGUGGCAGCGACCGUUGCUGGUUACCAUGCAACGGUCUUUGCGUACGGCCAGACGGGCUCCGGUAAGACCUUCACCAUGGAGGGCUACCGCUACGUGACCCAUGGGUCAUCCUCCUCCUCCUCAUCCAGCUCCCACUCAGCAUCGUCCCCCGGAGGAGCCUCACCACCACUACCAGCAGCAGCAGCUGGCAGCCCGGCAGGCCGGGGGGGUGCCGUACGUGCUGCUGCUGCUGCUGCCUCCUCCGCUCCCCACGCCGACUUCGGAGCCACCCCGGCGGAGCAGCUGGGACUCAUCCCCCGGGCGGUGCGGGAGCUGUUCGCGGCGGUGGGGCGCAACACGGAGCGGCGCUUCACCAUCAGGUGUUCCUUCGUACAGAUCUACCGCGAGCAGGUGUACGACCUGCUCAACCCCGCCAGCCUGGCAGCAGCAGCGGGGCCGCAGG